AUGUCGAAACUCAAUAAUGACGUACUUUUCUUGAUAUUAGAAGAAUUAAAUGAUGAUGUAAAAGCUCUUUACUCAUGUCUAUUAGUUAACAAAACUUGGUGUCAAAAUACGGUUCCAAUUUUAUGGAAAAAUGCUUUGAAAUAUUUUAAAACAGAAUCAAUAAAUUUAAUUAUUAUGCAUUUAUCAAAUGAAACGAAAGAAUAUUUAAAAUGUCAACGCAUUUUAUCGCCAGUUGAAUUUCAGGAAAAACCUUUAUUUAAUUAUAUUGGAUAUAUUAGAUAUUUAAAUUUAACACGCUUAGAACAGUUACUUUUUAGGAUAAGAAAUGUUGAAGAAUAUAAAAUCUCUAAUAUUAUAGAUGAAAUAUUAGAAUUAUUUAUUAAUAGAAAUACAAAAGUUACUCAUCUUUAUAUACCAUCAGAUUUUAAUCAUCAAAUUCACCUUAUUCCAGGAGCAGAACAUUGCUUCUCAGGACUUAAGUUUCUUUAUUGUAGUACUGAUGAUACAAAUCAAAAUCUUUUAGAAGGAUUGUCUAAAAUAAGUAGAUUAAUUAGAAAAAUGGAGUUAUUUGUUUUAACAAGUAAUUUUUCUGGAAUUAUUAAAUUAAUUGAAUCUCAAAAACAUUUAAAUGAAGUUUGGUUUUACUGUCAAAAUAAAUCAAUUCGUGAAUCUCUUGAAGAAUCAUUAAAUUGUCGUACAGAAAUUGUUAAACAUGUAAAAUUAUUUUUUAAUUAG